GGAGGCUAGGGAGCUCAUGGCCUCGCUCAACCUCGAGACUGCCGAGCGGAAAGAGGCAAGGGGCCUGGAGCUGGCCAGGCUCCCAGAGAUCAUGGCCAAACAAGAUUGGCCAGACACCCGAGAACGAUUUUCCACGAUGCUCCGGAAAUCCGAGCCAAAAAGCAGCGACGAAGUCCAAGUCCUGGUCGAGUGGAAAGAAUGCAACCGAAAAGUUCUCACUCGCGACGAGACCGUUGCACGGGUCAGCAAUGUUGUCGCCAUGCUUAGCUCGCGGCCCUGUAUUAUCACCAACGUCCUUACGCCCCUUGGCUUCGUCGAAGACAGUCGGGCCAACUCCCGGCAGUCAGGCUGGCUCGGCAUCGUCUAUGAUACCUCGACACUUGGCUACGACCCUCCGCGCCACACGCUCCGUAACCUCCUCGCCAGCGCCUGGAAACCGCCGCUAGGUGACCGGUUCCGGCUUGGCCAGCGCCUGGCCGAGACUCUACUCCAGGUGCACAACUGCCACUGGUUACACAAAGGACUGCGUCCCGAGAACGUCGUUUUCU